AGCCAUUGUCUCACGGGCGGGCACCACCUCCAGGGGCUCAAGUUGAGGCAGCAGAACGCGAAGCCUUUCGUUUCGCCCCUUCGCGCGGCCCGUACCGACGGCCUGGCAGAUCCCCGCCCCCAGUGGCGGAGGCUAUAUAAGGGAGCGUGCUGCGUGCUGGUCUUGAGCCGGCCGUGUGCAGCGACGGCCCAGCCUGGGACGAGGAAGGAAGGAAGGAAGAUGGCGUCUACCAGCCGUUUGGAUGUGCUUCCCAGAGUGACAUGUCCAAAUCAUCCAGAUUCCAUUUUAGUGGAGGAUUACAGAGCUGGAGACAUGAUCUGUCCUGAAUGUGGACUAGUAGUGGGUGACCGGGUCAUAGAUGUAGGGUCAGAGUGGAGAACUUUCAGCAAUGAUAAAGCAACAAAAGACCCAUCUCGAGUUGGAGACACCCAGAAUCCUCUCUUGAGUGAUGGAGAUUUGACUACAAUGAUUGGCAAGGGUACAGGUGCAGCAAGUUUUGAUGAAUUUGGAAAUUCGAAGUACCAGAAUCGCAGGACUAUGAGCAGCUCUGAUCGAGCAAUGAUGAAUGCCUUUAGAGAAAUUACUAACAUGGCAGACAGAAUCAACCUUCCCAGAAAUAUAGUUGAUCGAACAAAUAAUUUAUUCAAGCAAGUGUAUGAGCAGAAGAGCCUGAAGGGAAGAAGUAAUGAUGCCAUUGCUUCUGCUUGUCUCUAUAUAGCUUGUAGACAAGAGGGCGUUCCUAGAACAUUUAAAGAAAUAUGUGCAGUGUCCAGGAUUUCAAAGAAAGAAAUAGGUCGGUGUUUUAAGCUUAUUUUGAAGGCUCUGGAAACCAGUGUGGAUUUGAUCACAACUGGAGAUUUCAUGUCAAGAUUUUGUUCAAAUCUGGGUCUUCCUAAACAAGUACAGAUGGCAGCGACACACAUAGCACGUAAAGCUGUGGAAUUAGACUUGGUUCCUGGGAGGAGUCCAAUCUCUGUAGCAGCAGCAGCUAUUUAUAUGGCAUCACAAGCCUCAGCAGAGAAAAGGACUCAGAAAGAAAUAGGAGAUAUUGCUGGUGUUGCUGAUGUUACAAUCCGACAAUCUUAUAGACUUAUCUAUCCACGAGCUCCAGAUCUCUUCCCAGCAGACUUCAAAUUUGACACCCCUGUGGACAAACUACCCCAGCUGUAAAAUUGCCAUUUAAUUUCUAAAGAACACUUGAUUUCUGCCUAUAAUAAAGUGUUGCUACUGAGCCUUCAUGUUGUGGAACUGGAGGAGGAUAUGAAAAUCAAACUGCUGGAACACAACACACAUUCCAAGGGUAAACAAAAUAAUUGUGUGGCAUUUUGUAUGUAUAUAUUAGUGGAAGUAAAUAUUUAAUGACUGUUGGAACAAGUUAAAUUUCAUAUUAUACUUUAGAUUUCUUUUGUAGCGAAUCUAGUAAAAUGUAUUUUGGAAAACAAUUGAAAUUAUGUAAUUCCCAAAUAAACUUUUCCAAAAACA